CGUUUUACUUUUAAAAAAGUAAGGUUAGAAAAUUGUGACAAAUUCUCCCGCUAAGCUUUAUAUUGCACUUCAUACAAGAAUAGGCACAAUGCCAAAUAAUAAAAGAAAAAGUUCAGAAGAGCCCAGUAGUUCACGCCAGGUCAAAAGAAGAAAGUUUACCCUAAAUGAAGUUCCAAUUGCAAAAGAUUAUAAAGAGGGUUUAGUUCUCGCUACCGGAGCCGGCGAUGUUGGACAAUUAGGAUUAGGUAGUGAAGUAUUGGAAAAGACUAGAUUUGGUUUAGUUAAUAUUGAUUAUAAAAUAAUUGAUGUGUAUGCGGGUGGAAUGCACACUGUGUGUUUAACACAAAAUGGACAAGUCAUUACAUUUGGUUGUAAUGAUGAAGGAGCACUGGGAAGAUCAACAACUACAACUAACUCGGAAUUUGAACCAGGUCUUGUGGAUCUACCAGGAAAAGUUAAACAAAUCACCGCUGGUGAUUCACACACUGCUGCUUUAUUAGAAGAUGGGAAAGCUUAUGUUUGGGGAACAUUUCGGGAUUCACAUGGUAGCAUGGGUUUAACACCAUCAGGAAGUGAAAAAUUACCAUACUUAAUGAUGCCAGAUCAUGUAAUAAUUAAAAUUGCUUCUGGCGCAGAUCACGUCGUAUUUUUAACAAAUCAUGGUGAAGUCUUUACUUGUGGUUGUGCAGAACAAGGGCAAUUGGGUAGAAUACCAGCUAGGAGUUCUGAAAGAGACUCUAGAAAUAGUAAUACAGAUCAAUUAGCAAAAUUUCUAGUACCUCGUGCCAUAAGCAUAAAACCUUCUUUAAAAUUACAUUUUGAAGAUAUUUGGGCUGGACAUUAUGCAACUUUUGCAAAAGUUGCAGGUAAAAAUGACGUUUACGUAUUUGGAUUAAAUAAUUAUAACCAAAUUGGUGCAAAAGAAACUGUAGAAUAUUACCCAACAGUAUCGAAUGUAUUCUCCAAACAUAAUUGGCAAUCAAUUUGUUGCGGACAACAUCACACUUUAGGGUUAGAUGUGGAAGGAAACGUUUUUACGAUUGGAAGAAAAGAAUAUGGUAGAUUGGGUUUAGGAGAAGAUUGCAAGGAGUCGGAUGAUUUAGUUAAAAUUCCUUUAUUGGAAGAUAAUAAGGUGAUUUAUAUUGGAAAUGGAUCUGCAACAUCUUUUGCAGUUACAGAAGAAGGAAAAUUGUAUGGUUGGGGUAUGGGAAAUAAUGGACAAUUAGGAACUGGUGGAGAAGAUGAUUGUUAUGUACCAACAUUAAUUCGAGGUAACCAAUUGGAAGGUUUAAAAGUGUACAAGGUCAGUGGUGGAGGACAACAUACUGUAAUAUUAGCCUUAUCUAAUAUAAACAAUAACAAAACAGAAUGAUGUAUUAUUAAUUUAGUAAGUAUACCGGGUGUUACAUUAAAAGCACUCCACACAUGGGUUGUGUGCCAUACUGGAUUAAAAUGUUUGGGGAAUUCUUUGUGGGAUACAUAUAUAUUUAUAUUAUAUACUUAUGUAUUUAUUGCAAUGUGUUCUAUUAAUUUGUAAUCAUUAAUCAUAGUAUAAGUAACCGGUAUUAAUUAAUUUAAAAUAAGAUCUGUUUGUAGUAAUCAAAAAUAUAUGCAUGUAUCUAUUAA